UAUAUAAGAGAUCAUUAUGGUGAAGAUCCGGCACAUUAUAACAAAAGCUGCAAUGAACUGGAACAAUUGCGACAGAGUGCUGUGCAUGUGUCACAUGACUUCAUGGGCUGCAGCACGCUCAAGAAAUACUAUUCACAGUUGCAGUUUUUACAGGGAAGAUUUCCAAUGUUAGAAGGUGGAGAAGCAUCUAUUCCCUUUACUUGGGAAGAAGUAUUUUCUGGUCGAGAAAUGUCAUUGAGUGACAUCAAGUUUGAGCAAGCAUGUGUAUUAUAUAACAUUGGAGCACUUCACUCAAUACUGGGAGCCAUGGAUACAAGACAGAGUGCUGAUGGAAUGAAGGUAUCAUGCACACAUUUUCAAUGUGCGUCUUGGGCAUUUGAAUAUUUACGAGAUCAUUUUGGAUGUGCGGCAAUGAGUCUAGACAUGACCCAUGAACUUUUGACCUUUCAACUUAAUUUAAUGCUGGCACAAGCUCAAGAGUGUAUACUGGAGAAGUCAAUGACUGAUAGCAGAAAAAGUACAAUAACUGCAAAAGUAUCUGCUCAGAUUGUAGAGUUUUAUAAAACAGCUAUGAAACAUCUGGAUGUGUGUAAUAGCCAGGAACUUAUCAGUUCAAAAAGAUAUAAGGACUGGAAGAAGAAGAUAGAUAUAAAGAUGCUGUUUUACACAUGUAUAACUAAUUAUUACAUGGGUAGACAAUCGGAGGACCAACAAAAACAUGGACAGUGUCUGGCUUAUUAUACAAUAGCACUAGAAAAACUAACAGAAUGUGAAAAACUUGCAAAGAAUGAAGGUGUUGAAAUUCAAGAUUCAUUAAGAUUUACACAUGAUGUUGUUGGUGGAAAACAACAGUCGGCAAAGAAGGACAAUGACUUUGUUUAUCAUGAUAAAGUUCCCCCAACAGAUUCACUACCAGAAGUCAAAGGUGCUUCCUUGGUGAAGGGUAUACCGUUUAAUCCAAAUGAUCCGGAAAUUUCUGGCCCAGAUAUCUUCAAUAAACUUGUACCUAUGUCAGCACAUGAGGCUGCUUCUCUUUACAGUGAGGAGAAAGCUACUUUGUUAAGGAGAUUGGUGUCAGAGAUUCAAGAAAAAAAUGAGGAACUCAAUCAGUACCUGGCAUCUUUACAACUGGAUCAAACAUCACUAAACCCAGAGCCUGAACGGUUACCCCAACAGCUUCUAGAGAAAUGUGCCGCCCUCAGUGUAAGACCUACAGCAAUAAAGGAGCUAGUUGAUUCAAUGACAGCUGUUUCGAAUGUAGCCACAGAAGUAGAUUGUGGCAUCAAAGAAAUACAACAAACACUGCAGGAGGAAAGCACAGCUGAGUUAGAAUUUCAGGAUAUGUUUGGAAAGAGAAACCCCAAUGCUAUACUAUCAGAUAUAGCACAAGAGUGUGCCAGGUUGGAGGAAGGUCACAAAAAGGGAAGCCAGUCAAAUGCAGACCUGCAUAAAGCGAUGAAUACUCAUAUAAAUAAUCUAAAACUACUCAGUAGUCCAUUAGAGGAUUUACAGAAACUGUUGCCAUCUGUAGAUAAAGACAGAGACCAAGAGAGUAGUGAUGUGAUAAAACAGUUGAACAAUUUACUGGCGAAGAUUGAUGAGAUGAGGAAUCAGAGAGAAACCCUCGAGGAACAGCUGAGGAAAGAAGUCCUUGAAGAUGAUAUAACAGGGGUACUCUGUAAACAAGAAAAUAUCAAUAGAGAGGUUUUAUUUUCGGAACAACUUAAGAAGCAUGAUAAGACAUCUGGGGUUAUAAGACAGAAUCUUGCUGCUCAGAAUAACAUACUGAGAGCCCUGACUGAUGCUAAUGCUAAAUAUGCUACAGUUAGGAAGGCUACCAGUGAGGCCUUAUCCAGACGGGAACAGACAAUCAGAGAUUUAAUAAAUUCAUAUGAUGUUUAUGAAGAUUUGAAAGCUAAGUCACAAAAAGGAUUGGAGUUCUAUAAGAAACUAGAAACAAAUGUUGGACGUCUGCUCAACAGAUGUAGAAAUGUGUGCAAAGUCCAACAUGACGAGAGACAGAAAAUGUACAAUAAAUAUAAACCAAAAGUUUCAGCCCCUGCUCCUGUGAAACCAACUGUACCAAAGGCAGUACCAGUAGAUAAUUCUGACAUUGUACAAGAAAUACCUUCUGUAUCUCACCCACCAGCACACACGAUGGCAGCCAUGUUUGAUGGGCCUAAAUUGAAAGAUUAUCUCCCUUUCAUGAAGCCUAAAACAUUUGGGAAGAAGGAUGGUUCCCCACCCAUUUCUAAAGCUCAUCCUAAUGUACAAGAUUUUGUGUCACAAGGUGGUUCCCUGCCUGGUAGUGGUACAGCUUCCCCUGUACAUAUACCUCCUAUGCCCAGCAGUGUGCCAGCUAGUCCAGACCAUGUUAGGCAUAAAUUUGAUGGAAGGCUUGGUCCAAAUUAUCAAGCCACAUCAAGAGCUGUACCUGGGCAACAAGAUUCUUACCUCACUCAAGGACAUCUGUAUCAGCCUGGCCUACCUUCGGAUGAAGGUCAAACUGCCAGAGGGAUUGGAAAAAACUUGUCUCAAAAUAUCACUGAUCAAACUGUAUAUGAACCUGAAUCUUUUUACCAAGGACAAAUAGGUCAAGGGCUAGAAGGAUAUAGAGAUUAUGGUCAAAUGCCAGGUGAGCUAGAUAUUUCACAACCACCAUCCUCACAAUCUGACUAUGUUCCCUUAGAUCAGAGAUGGAAAAAAGACAAACCAGUGACUCCUCUGUCAGCUUAUACACCACAAGAUCAAAGACCAGUUGUUUCAAGGUCGCUGAAGCCCAGUGCUGGUCGAGGCUUGCCAACACAUAUACCACAGCAGUCGGCUAUGAAUCAAAAUCAGCAGAAUUUCUAUGCCCAGAAUUUACCAUCUGCAAGUCAAGAUUUUACAUAUGGGCAACAAGGGGCAUAUCAAAAUCAAGGUCAAAAUGUUACAUUAGCACCUCAGCCUGGAAACCAAGGACAGAUACAAACAAACCAGGCACAGAUGUUUUCGCCUCAUCAACCUGUACAGAGUGUACCUGGUAAUCUGGGUUUAUCACAAAUGGCAGACGCUAUACCUCCUUCUUCAAUGUCUUAUACAAGGGAUAUCACUAACACUGUUUCAUCAGUCAGUGGCCCAGUGCUUUCUCCUGGAAAUGAGAAUGAAAACUACAGAAAUAUUCCUCAAGGUAACCUUGUAUCCCAAGGACAACAGCAGUUUGGUUACUAUCCGGGUCAAGGUCAAGAACAUACAAGUUCACAAAGAUAUAGCAGUGGACAAGUUAACAGGCAAGCACAAUCUCCACAAGUACCACGACAUACACAAUCUGUUCAUCAGCAAGUGCAGCAACCUUCAAGUCAGUCAUUUCAUGCUCAACCUGGUCUAAAUACACAAUUUCAGCAUCCUGAACAAAGUCAGCACUCUAACACAAGGACCAAUCAGUCUUUCAGCCAACAAACUGGUCAACCACAACAAGAUAUGGGACAGAGUUUUCAGUCUGUUCCCCAGCAACAGCCAGAAGGUCAAGGUCCUAAAUUUCAACCUACUCCACAUAUGGAUCAAGGUAAAUCUAUUCUACCUUCUUCACAACAAACUCAAACCCUUCCACCAAAUGUACAGCAGCAACAGAUAGGUCAGGGUCAAAUGAGACCGUAUGUUCCCCAACAACAACCCGGUCAAGGUCAGGUUUUACAGCAGGGGUCACAUCAAGGUCAAUAUAGCCAGCCCCAGUACAACCAGCCCUUACCAGUAUCUAGUCACAGUCAAAACAUGCAGGCUGUUGUUCAAGGUUUCCAUCAACAAGGGAAUCAAGGUAAUUAUGAUCAAGGACAAACAGUACCGUUUAAUCAAGAUCAACAUUUACAAGGUCAGCCACAGCAAGCUUUUCAGCAAUAUCCACAUGGUCAAGGUCAAAUAGGUCAUCAGAAUCAAUUAAUGAAUCAGGCUGGACAGCAUCCAGUCACAAGUGUACCACAGGCACAACAGCAAAUUGCUGCACAACAAAAUAUACCACAACAGCCUCAGAAUUAUCAACCAAGAUUAAAUCAAGUUCCACAAUCAAGCCAAGUCCAGACAGGAUAUUCUGGGUCAGUCAGUGCAUCUGGUUCACAAGCUGUUGCGUGGCAACCAGUAGUACAGCAAAACAUACAGACUUCCCAGCAACCUAAACAAAAGAAUUUUUCUCAAACACAGUACUCAUCUCCUGCCAGUUCAGGUCCACAGUUUUCUACACCAAGCUCUUCAUUGGCACAACAACAAAAUUUACCAGUGUCAUUAAACAGUGGUCAGCAAGCACCUUUUCAAGGUCAACAAUUUAUACAGCCUCAGUUACAGCAAGGUCAGUUUGUCAUGCAGCCAGGUCAUUCCUCUCCUGCCAAUUCUGCUGCAAUUACUAAUUCAUCUCAGCAAAAUUUACCAGGUCAGCAAUACAGAGGUCAGCAAAUGAGCAUAACACCCCAGCCUCAACAAAGUGGAAUGCAGCCUCAGUUAAUGAACCUUAUUGCACAAGGAAUGACAAGUCAAAGUCAACAGAUUGGUCCUAUACCAGUCAGUCAGAUGUCACAAGGCUAUUCACAAACCCAGUUUUCAACCAGUCAACCCCAGCAAGUAUAUACCCAAGGGCAACCUGUUCAAUUAAGACAGCAACAAGAGCAAGUAACUGUUAAUAAACAACAAAUACAAAGUGGUUUUGACCAGACUGUGCCUCAGCUCCCGUAUGGACAACAAGGACAAAUUAAUAAUCUUUCUCAAUAUGGUCAAGGAACCAGUCAGUAUAUUCAGCCUGGUCCCUUGUCCCAAGAACAGCAACAUCAGCAACAAGGACUUACUUUACAGCCACAAGUUUAUAAACCACCUAUUCCAUCAAGUGUAGGCAGUCUACAACCCCAGCAAAAUUUUAGUUCAUCAAAUCAAGGUCAAGAUCAAAUCUUAAAACCUGCCCUUCAACAGCAGCCAGUCCAAAGUCAACAGCAACCAGUCUCACAAGGUUACCAGGAUAUAACUGUAAGACCAAGUUCACCAAUGGAAGUGAAGCCAUCUCAACAUCCGAGACAGAUACCACAACACUCGGCGAGCAGACCAGUUCCUGUCGACAGACAGCUGUCGACAGCUUCAUCAUUAGAUGAAAUACUCUCAUCAAGUCCAGAUGCAAGAACGGAAUCUGUAAAUAGUGUUUUAGCACCAAAGGUAUUAACUGCACAGGAGAUCCAGCAACAGAAAGAAGACCAAUUGAAAAACUCCAGUUGUCAGAUUCCACCUAAAGACCCAUAUAAGGAUAAACCUAAAUUAGAUAAGUUUGUGGCAGAGGUGGAAAAACUUGCCAAAUUUAUUGAAGGAUUUGAGAAACCACUAUGUAGUGGACCUACUCCUUUAGACGUAGUGUGGAAGGAAAUGAUGGAGGAACAAGACAGAGCUGGGAGACGGCAGAAACUGGCUAUAGCUAGAUGUUAUCCAAUGAAAAACAGGGAUCAAGAUAUUAUGCCUUAUGAUGAUUCAAGAGUGUUAUUAACAACUUUAAAAGAUGAUUACAUCAAUGCAAGUUGGAUCAACGAUCUUUCUCCAUCAUGUCCAAAGUUUAUUGCCACACAAGCCCCGUUACCUGUUACACUGAUAGAUUUCUGGCAAAUGGUGUCUGAACAGGGUGUCGAGGUUCUUGUUGCCUUAUCUAGCGAAAUUGAGACUGGAAAGAAAUUCCCAGCGUAUUUACCAGAAGAGAAAGGUGUGACAAUAGAGCAUGGAGCAGUUCAGUUAACUGUACAGAGUAUAAAAAACAAACAGUUCUGGACAGAACGGAUUCUGCAUCUUAGACAUGCUGAGACUCGUAGUGGGAGAACACUGGUACAUUUACACUAUAGUGCAUGGCCUGUAAGUGGGUUUCCAGACAAGGUGUCCCAUAUACUUCAGUUUAUCACAGAGGUUCAUAGUUUUUACCGACAACAGAGAAGUUUGAUGAAGCCUAUAGUUGUUCACUGUGGAAAUGGUGUUGGUCGAUCUGGAAUGUUUAUACUGAUAUACGUAGGUAUGCAAGAGAUUAACCAUGGAGAUGGGAUAAUUAACAUACAGGAAGUUGGAGGGAAAAUGUUGUGGCGAAGAAGAUAUAUCAUCCAAAAACAAGAUCAGCUUAAAUAUUGUUACGAGGCAAUACUAUAUUAUGCCCAGGAUGUCCUAGCUAAAGAGGGAAUUUUGGUGCAUAAAGCUUCUUUUGGUGAUGGACUGCCAAAACCAGGAGCCAAAUCAAUAGGAUGGGAACCAGGACAGGAUAUUUUGUUUGGCUCUGUUAGUUUCACAAACUUGCAAAGUAGCAUUUCGAAAAUGAGCUCGAAAACUGACUCCCACAGUUUAAAUAUUGACCAAAAAUUGGAAAUGUUGAAAAAAGGAGAAAUUCACGAUAUAAAGGAAGAUGCAUCGAAGGAGGUCACCAAAGAGGAAAAACUAAUACCUGAAGGUCAUGUGAUGUCAAGUGUUAGUGGAAAUCUCCUUCCUGACGUUGUUCAGAGCCCUGGAAUUAAUUUAGAGAUUAAAUCAAUAGAUUCAGUGACAGAUUCUGCUCUAUACGAACAAAACAUACCAAGUGACCUUGGGAAGAUUGAGGAUAAGGUCAAAGGUCAAGGACAGACUGUUGACCUUGGCCUUACAAAAUUAGUUGAAAAAGGAUCAAUAUCUUCCCUGAAGAGUUUAGAUUCAAAGGGUUCCAAGUCGCCGUCACCUUUUGGGUCACCAGCUCACAGUGGUCGUGAGGUUUCAAGCAGCCCAAAACCUGAAAAUAUUUCUUCUACUCUAGCUGAAUUACAGGAUCCUACAAAAUUUACGAUAGGAACUAGUGAAGGCUGUAAAAAGAAAAUAUCAAAGGCAGAUUUUACUGGAGAGAAAAAAACAGUAACUGAGCAGGACCCAAAUGACCCUUUUAGUGCCCUUGACCCUCUUUGGACACACAAAUAGAUCAACGGGAAUGAGAUUGGUACCACUUUAUACCUAUUUAAUUAUUUGUUAACCAGUAUACUUAUAUGUGAUGAUGUUUUCUGUGAGUAAUGAUCGUUAUUAAUGUGACUAUCAAGUUUUCUUCCUCUGACAACCAAAGUCAAGCUGGAGUCACAACCAAAUGACUUUUCAUAUAAAAUCAUAUAAUACCUGGUUUGUUGAAUAAACAAAGCUUUUAUGACAAUCAAACAGAAAUAAUAAGUUGACACUAAAUUAUCAUUGUUCUUGUGUCAUCAAAUCUGAUGCCAAUAAAUGGAUCUAGGGCAAGGGAUCUUGGCUGUCUUGUUGAAUAGCGAAUUUGAAGAGAAUUUUCUAUUUAAGAUGAAGAAAUACGCUUAUCUGUGAUCGUGAAUUAAUGUUGUUGAAAUAUUAUAUUGUAUAAAGUCAUAACUAAUAUUAUGUGGUCUAUUGUAUGUAAAUAUUUCUUAUAUAUAAAUAUUGUAUAAUUAUGAAAUAGCA